AUGAAUAUUCUUUGCUGUAUAACAGUAGUUUUUUUUCUAUUGAUUGUGAAUGUUAAUUGUGAAGAAUGUGGUUGUAAUAAAAUACCAUCAAUUGAAAUUAUUAAUGAUGAACAAUUAGCUAAUGAGAUUAAACAAGUUCGUGAUGAUUUUCUUGAAAAACAACCAUCGAUUAAUUUUACUCGGUUAUCUGCAACUAUACUUAUUAGAGAAAAAAAUACACAGACAUGGAAAAGAGGUAGUGUUGAUGGUACUCUAAUAGCUUAUCCAGCAUCAACUGUAAAAUUAAUGUAUAUGUAUGCAGCAAUGGAAUGGUGUAAAAAUCAAGGAUAUUCAAUUGAUUGUUUAGAUAGAUAUGUUCGACCGAUGAUUGUUGUUUCAUCAAAUUUAGAUACAGGUUAUGUUGUUGAUGCAAUAACAAAUACAACAAAUAUUGAUGAUUUAACAUCAGCUAAUGAUACACGUUGGUCAAAUUGGUUUUAUCAACGUUUAUCAACUGAACGUUUAAUGAAAGAUCUUAAUCUAUAUGAGAAUCAAGUAAUUCGAAGUAAAACAUAUCCAACAAAUUCAGGACAAACACCUGGUGGUAGUGAAUCUGUUUUACUUGCAGUUCCUGGACGGAAUCUUUUGCAAUCAUGUUGUACAGCAUCAUUUAUGCUUUAUUUAAUGCAAACACGUCCAAAUAAUGAAUUACAAUAUAUGAAAUCUAUGCUUUAUCGUACACUUGAAAGUGAUCAUACAACAUUUGGUAAUGGUUUACCAGCAGGUACAAUAUUAUAUUCAAAAGUUGGUAAUGCUUAUGAUACAGUUGAAGAAAUCGCUUAUAUUAUAUUACCUAAUGGAAAAGAAAUAAUUCUUUCAGCAUUUAGUAAUGGUUAUCAACGUGGUGCAAGUGAUUUUUAUAUUCUUGGUCGUUUUACUGAAAUGAUUCUUGAAAAAUUUUCACUCAAUACUCCAUCGACAAAAAUAUUUACAACUGAUAAUAACGAUAUUUACACAUGUAAAAAUCAAGUCAUUAAACACACACCACCAUUACCAAAAGAUAAUAUUGGACAAUCAUUAAUUACUUUUAAUAGUUCAUGUUACAUUCAUCCGAUUCUAUCUGAACGUGGUGUUUACACUGUCUCAAUAUGGAAUCCAUCAUUUUUUGAUGCAUCUACGAAUAGUAUAUCUCGAUUAAAUGUUGCUGUAACAGAUGCUUAUAAUGAAACUGAUGGAGAUAAUGGAUAUAUUUAUAAUCAGCAAACUAGUGUUUCACGUUGGAUAUCAGUUGGAGAUUUUGUACUUAAUUCAGGACGUCAAGAGAUUUAUUUGAAAGCAUUAGAUCAAACAUCAAUUUUUAAUGCCAUUCGAUUUUCUAUGCAUCCACCAUUAACAAUUGAUUCAAAUUCAAAGUCUUCCAUACUGAUUCCAUGUUAUAGUUUUAUAUAUCUUAUUUUAUUAUUUAUUAUUUUUUAA